UUUUUUUUGGUUCUUUUUUUUUUUUUUUUCGGAGCUGGGGACCGAACCCAGGGCCUUGCGCUUCCUAGGCAAGCGCUCUACCACUGAGCAAAUCUCCAACCCCAAUUAAUUACUUUUUUAAGAUUUAAAAAUUUUAUUUUAUAUUCAUUGGUGUCUUGCCUGCACUUAUGCCUGUGUGACACCGUCACACAGUUAUAUAGACAACUGUCAUGUGAGUGCUAUACUCAACCACUGAAUCAUCUUUCCAGCCAUCAUUAUUAUUAUUAUUAUUAUUAUUAUUAUUAUUAUUAUUAUUAUUAUCUCUCUGUCCUCCUGAACUCUCUGUCUCUGUCUCUCUGUGUGAAGGUACUGGAAGAGGCUAAAAGGAGGCUGUCAAGAUUCCCUACAGCAAGAGUUAUAGAUUUUUGUGAUCCACCUGAUAUGAGUGCUGGGAACUGAUUCUGGUUUCUCUGAAAGGGCAACAAAUGCUCUUAACUGUCGGUCCAUACCUGCAGCCUCUAUUCGCCACUCCUGUCUAGGUUUGGAGUGGAUGUGCUCACACCUGGAAGCUCUUUCCUCCGAAGUUCCCGGAUGUCACAUGCCCUCUGCUGGCCUCGCUAGACCUUUGGUGUUUAGCUCUGCUUCUUUUCAGCCAAGCACACUGUUCUAAAUAGGCUUUAACCUUCUUCCUCUUUCUCGUUGGCAAUGCCUUAUGUGCAUGGUAUGUCUUUUCUUUCCUUCUCCACUUGUGAUUUAGGUACUUCCUUUAGCAGCUGGCGCUUAGUACAGACUCUGUAUACAGCUUUUUCUCUCUCUCCAACCCGUUUUCAAGUCUAUAAAAUAUUGUGAGCUUUCAGCUAAUAGUUAGCUUUAUAUCACCGAUUGUCUCCAGGUGGUGUUUAUACAGAGUGAACAAAGCCAUAUUUUUCUUCUUCCUUUUAUUAACGAAAACGAGGACCAACUUGUGUCUAGACACUGAGGUGAAUAGUCACGGACUAAUUUAUUCUCAAGGGACCAAAGCUUUCUUCAACGAUCAAAGCAUAAAGCAUUGAGUCAUUUGCCCACACACCAUGUAAACUGCACAAAGACUGAUAUUUUAUUUAGUUUUUGUUUUAGUUUUUCGAGACAGGGUUUCUUUGUGUAGUCUUGGCCGUACUGGAACUCGCUUUGUAGACCACUCUGGCCUCAAACUCAAAGACCUCUACCAGCGUCUGACUUCCAAGUGCAAGGUUUAAAGGCAUCCGCUUGGCUGAAUACUGGGAUUUUUUAACUUCUGAGAUAGCACAGGUGACCUAUCUGAUUGUUGUCGUUUCAAUUCUUUGUCCAUAACUGGUGCUUAGUGACACAAAGAUGACAUUUUGCAGCUUCACGGCCAGCUCAGUGUAGCCAGUCAAUUUACAAGUUAGUAAGGAAGCGGUUAUUAGGAAAGCUUCCGAAGACCUGUCUGCCAAUUGGAAGCUGGGGCGGGCUUAGGGCAGAGGGCGUACCUGACCCGGGUUUGUCUCCUAGAGCAUGCGCGGUCUUCACAGAAGGUGACGCGAAAGCCGAGGAGGCCGCGAUUGCGUAGGCGCAGUUUCUGAUUGGCCACUAUUCGAGCGCGAGGGGCCGUGCCUACGCGUCGCCAAGUAAACAGGACAGGCUAGGGGCGGAGCUACAGAAGCACCGCGCCCUGGUUGGCCAAGCGGGAGGUGGGGGAGUGCCGCGGAUUGGUCACGGCCGCGAGCUCGCUGGUGUGGAGCGCGCCGGGUUCCCGAGCCGGCGGUCUGAGGGAUGGACGAGACGAGCCCGCUAGUGUCCCCCGAGCGGGCCCAACCCCCUGAGUACACCUUCCCGUCGGUCUCGGGAGCUCACUUUCCGCAGGUACCGGGGGGCGCGGUCCGCGUAGCGGCGGCCGGCUCCGGCCCGUCCCCGCCGUGCUCUCCGGGCCACGACCGGGAGCGGCAGCCCCUGCUGGACCGGGCCCGGGGCGCGGCGGCGCAGGGUCAGACCCACACGGUGGCGGCGCAGGCCCAGGCCCUGGCCGCCCAGGCGGCCGUGGCGGUGCACGCCGUUCAGACCCACCGCGAGCGAAACGACUUCCCGGAGGACCCCGAGUUCGAGGUGGUGGUGCGGCAGGCCGAGAUAGCCAUCGAGUGCAGCAUCUAUCCCGAGCGCAUCUACCAGGGCUCCAGUGGAAGCUACUUCGUCAAGGACUCUCAGGGGAGGAUCAUUGCUGUCUUCAAACCCAAGAAUGAAGAGCCAUACGGGAACCUUAACCCUAAGUGGACCAAAUGGCUUCAGAAGCUGUGCUGCCCCUGCUGCUUUGGCCGAGAUUGCCUUGUUCUCAACCAGGGCUAUCUCUCAGAAGCAGGGGCUAGCCUGGUGGACCAAAAACUGGAACUCAACAUUGUACCCCGUACAAAGGUAGUAUACCUGGCCAGUGAAACCUUCAACUAUAGUGCCAUUGACCGAGUAAAGUCCAGGGGCAAGCGACUUGCACUAGAGAAAGUGCCAAAAGUUGGGCAGCGGUUUAACCGCAUUGGGCUACCACCAAAGGUCGGGUCAUUCCAGCUCUUUGUUGAAGGCUACAAAGAUGCAGACUAUUGGCUACGGCGUUUUGAAGCAGAACCUCUUCCCGAGAACACGAACCGACAGCUACUAUUGCAGUUUGAGCGGUUGGUGGUCCUGGACUACAUCAUCCGCAACACUGACCGAGGCAAUGACAACUGGUUGAUCAAAUAUGACUAUCCGAUGGAUAAUCCUAACUGUCGGGACACAGACUGGGUGAUGGUGAGGGAGCCUGUUAUCAAGGUGGCCGCCAUAGACAAUGGACUGGCUUUCCCACUGAAGCACCCUGACUCCUGGAGGGCAUAUCCUUUUUACUGGGCCUGGUUGCCACAGGCGAAAGUCCCAUUCUCUCAGGAGAUCAAAGAUUUGAUUCUUCCAAAGAUUUCAGACCCUAACUUCGUCAAGGACUUGGAGGAGGACCUAUAUGAACUCUUCAAGAAAGAUCCUGGUUUCGACAGGGGCCAGUUCCAUAAGCAGAUUGCUGUCAUGAGAGGUCAGGUGUUUGAACCCUUUCUACACCAAAGCAAAGAAUUGACGUCAGGAGGGAGAGAAAGGGGGCCGCGUGUGGCUGAGAGGCAGCAGAAGUGUUUACACCCUAUGCUGGGGACCCUUGAGCAUUCUCACACACUGCAAUUGGUCAGUCAGCCUUGGAAAGAAACGUCCUGAAGGCCUGAAAAAACCAAAGAACAGGAGUGAGGAGCACAGCUGUGCCUGCCUCAACUGCUUGCCUGAAUCCCAUCGCCCAAAGGCAGGGCAGAAGACACAGCCUUCCAUCAGGUGGAGCAGACUGCUCCCUGUCCAUUCCAACCCAGGAGCCAGCUUGCUCUGGGCUUCCACUCAGCACCAUGAAUCUCUGAGCACUGGCUAUGCAUGCCCUGUGGACAAAGUCACUGUUGUUUGCCCGACUUGACAAUCCCAUCCAGCCCAUGUGGACUCUGGCCUCAGAACCACGUUUGAGAGAAUCCCUGCCUCCUCCUCCUCACAGGAGCCAGCAGGGGUCCAGGGGUCCAGGGUCCUCACAGUUAUCUUCACAUCAGCCUGUUGGCUGGAGUGCUGGAGAGAACUUAGUGCUGCACGAGACUCUUGUGUCCUGUCCUGCUCCAGAUCAGGUCUGCCAUCAGGAGGAAAUUGGGUCCAAUGGAAGAGGGAGCCAGUGCCAGGCCCGGUGGGCAAGGGUACAGGCGGCCUUCCCUGCUUCCCUCCCUUGAAGCCUGUACUCAAGUUGCCUUGAAUGUGGACUUGGGAGUGCCAGGAGCCCAGAGUGCCAGGUACUUCAGAACAGCCGUCCCUCUGCCAGCCUAAGGCCUGUCCCCUAUGUCUAGGAACAGAAGCUGGUUGGUGAGCGCUGCUGCCCUGUUCUUCUAAUGCACUGUAGAAAUUGUAUGUAUUGUAUUUAAAUCAUUGCAAAUGUAUGAAUAACAAAUUCAGUUCUGA